AUGGAUGCUGGUUUAACGGAGUUCGAAUCAUUUGAACAGCAAUUUACAGAUGUUAUUGGAGAAUUGCAGUCAAUUAUUACUUCCGAAGCUCGACUCCGUGAUGAGAUCCGUACGGAAGCAGCACGAGCCGAGGCAGCCGAAGCAGCUUGUGCCGCAGCAAAACGAGACGCUGCAGAUUGUCGCGCCAACGCCUCCGCCGCUGCAGCUGGUGUCGCUCAGGCUUCUGCUGCACUAGCCGCCGCCCAGGAUCAAUUAAGCACAUUCAAAAUGAAACUUGAAUUGGCGGAGCGUCAGCGUAUUAUUCUCGAAGAAAAAUGUUGUGAAAUGACUGAAAAAAUAGGAAUUUUAGAAAGAGAAGUUCAACAAUUAAAACCCUUGCAAUCAGCCCAUGCCAAUUUGCAGCGCCAGUACGUGGAGCUUGAAGGCCGCGUUCGUGUUGCAACUGAGGAGGCACGCAGUGAGGCAAAUCGGCUGGAAAGUGAACUUCGUAGAGUGGAGCGUUGCGCGCGCGGCGGUGAGGAGGUGCGGGAGCGCGCGCGCCUGGCCGCCGCCGCGCACGCGCGUGAGCGCCGCCGCGCCGCCGCCGACCUGCUCCACGCCGCACACGAACUGCGCCGUGCCAACGCUGAAAUUGCCCGUCUCGGCUCUCUGGUAUCAGAAUUACAAUGUCGUUUAUCAGAAUGUGAAAACAACUUGAAGCCUAAGAUGAAGUCUUCAACCGAUGGUGUUUUUGAUACUUUAACCGAGAUCCGCGCCGUUUUGGAAGCUGAAAGGGCUGGUGCAGCGAAGAUAGAGCGGGCUCUUGCCGCUGCUUUGGCCGACAACGCCACUCUUGCAGCUCAAAUUCACAAGAGAGACAAUCCAGGCUCACACCAACCAUCGCCAUUGAAAGAGAAUAAUAGUACCACUAAUACGAAUAUAUGUCCCAUUGACUCUUUUUUGUCAUAA